CGGACGCGCACAAUCAAUGAGUCGGCCCGCCAUGGACGAGCCACCGCCACUGCAUGGCUCGGCGUCGUCUUCGCCAAGCACGACUGCCAGCGGAACAUGGCUCGCAAGGUCCCUCUCCCGCAUCUUCUUUUCCCCAAAGCCAACCCCGCAACACCCACCGCAGCAUCAGCCGUCCGCGUCAUCGUCUUCUCUACCAACCUCGCCAAGUUCGCCCGCCAUGCCUCGCUUGUCUCGCUCGCUCACCACCUUCUCUCUUCGACGACACCGACAGCGCCACCAGCAGCGGCGCGGCCGUGAACACCGCCACGGUCGUCACAGCCAUGCUGCUGUUGCUGCUGAUGGUGGCGACGACGGUGAUGCUCGCGUGGCCCCUCCGCCCAGGCGCUUCUCCUGGCUCACACCCUUCAGACGCCGGCGUAGCAGUGCCACCAUUGCCCCCACGGGAAACACCGGACACACCGCCCGAAUCACCAGCACCAGCGAGACUCGCAGCUUGCCUGUGACACAAGGGGCGCCUCCAGAGCAAGCGGCAACACCAGUGACACCUGCGCCACACCCCACAUCCCACGCGCAUCACCCGACGCCCCUGUCGACACAGCAGCCGCUCCUCCUCGGCAUGCGGCGUGAGUUGCCACCGCUGCCGCAACAGGCACGGCCCCGGCCCGACCCGCUUGCUGGCGUGUCCUCCCAGCUGCGGCUGCCACGCCGCCUACCAGCCGUGCGUGACUCUGGUAUCGCCGCUGCUGCAGACGCUGAUCACUCGGUGCAGGCACACCCACCAUUGCAUGGCACAUUACGAGCCGGUGUCGACACAUCUCAUGACGGCGCUGCUGGCCACAAGCCCCGCGCGUCGCUGCUCGACAAGAACGGCGCAAACAGCGCGAGCAGUGCGACACCAACCACAGCCGUGUCAGGUGACGGCCAAGCUGCCAACAAGAAUCCUGUGCAGCUGAUGCUUGCGGGCACCGGCCACGCGACGCCGCGUGAGAGGGGUUCUGCUGCACAUGGCGAGCGUGCGCGACGGGAAGAGCACACUGGAAGCACCACCACCAGCAUCACCGCAAACGAGAGAACACGGCGCGGAAGCACAAGACCGCGCUUGCUGCGGUUUGGCAGGAGAAGCAGUCGCGAUGCCUUCACGCCAUCUCACGAUGAUGACGAUGGUCAGCAGCCUGCACCCGCCGUUAGCAGCUCCCUCCCCACACCCUCCCACACCAGCAACAACACCAGCACACCGGCACGCUCGUUAGUUCCACCCCGCAGCGCUCGGCGUGUUAUUGAUGAUGAUGACGAUGACGAUGGUGAUGGUGAUGGUGAUGACGAUGACGAUGACGAUGUUGUGGACGAGGAGGAGACAUGGACCGCUGUUCCCCUUGAGGAAUCCGACUCCCUCAUCCAGGCGUGGAGGGAGACGUGUGCCACGCUCGCGUCUGAUGACGGCUACUCCACAGCCAGCGUCGCGUCAAGCAACGUCAGCGCGACGCGAACCAAGCGUGGGCUUGGACCGCUGCACCUCAUUGCGGUUGAGGGCAACACGACUGCACUUCGCCGCCUCCUCGCCCGCGCAUCCGUGCACGUCGACAUUGCCGACGCUGACGGCGUCACACCGUUCAUGCUUGCCGUCCUCUCCCGACAGUUCAAGACUGCGCAGCUGCUGCUUGACAGCGGGGCUGCAAUUGAUUAUCGCGACCGCCACCAGCGGACGGCCGUCCACUGGGUCAUCUUCAACGGCAUUCGCAAAGCACUCAAGUGGCUCUUGCAACGCGGUGCAGACUGGACCCUAGUCGACGAUGCUCAGCGGACGGCGCUGCACUGGGCGGCGGACCAGCGCAACCACCGCUGCCUCGCCCUUCUCCUCGCCCGUCUCAACUCGGCCCAAGCGCGGACGACCGCGGCUGCUUCGGCAACAGCAUCACCAACAUCAUCAGCAACAGCACGCGCAUCCUCCUCAGCAACACACGCCUCCUCAUCCUCAUCCUCAUCCACAGCAAUGGCAGCAGCGGCAGCGUCGCCAACAAGCAUGCUGAACAUGGUGGAUACUCAGGCGAUGACACCGCUUGCCUGGGCUUGUCACCACGGCCACCUUGCCCACAUCAAGCUGCUGCUCAAGCAUGGGGCUGACGCCACCAUCCCGAACGCACAGGGCCGCGUGUGCAUGCAUCAUGUCGUUCAGCUGUCAAGUCCGCAUUGCCUGCAGGCACUGUUUCGCGCCGGCGUGUCUGGGUUGUUUGCACGCGACGCUGAUGGGCGCACCCCGCUACACCUUGCCUGCAUGCACGGCUCCAUCAAAACCAUCAAGUGA